GUGGGGAGGAACCCAGCCCAGGGCCCAGCAGGCAGGCAUCAGUGCCCCUGAGCUAGAUCCCCAGCCUGUUCCAAGUAGGGUGAGCCUGGUUUAUGACUAUUGUGAAGGGACAUUUUUCUCGUAGUGGAAAUUGUGUCAAGGGGUAAGCAGAGGCCACGCCCACUCCCCCGUGCUGAGUGCUGCCCAGAAGCAGUCAGGAGUGCUGCCUGGGAAAGGUUUUGGCCACGUAUCAGGUACCCACUAUCUUCCCAUGUUCUUUUUCGCGGGAGGAAAUGCCCAAGCACUGUAUUGUAAGUACUGGAGAAGCCUGAGAAAGUCCAUUAAAUUAUCUAGCGCCUUUGCUUCUCACAAGCUCUCCCCUACGGCAACAGAUGUUGACGUCUUCAAAGGGUAAAGUGGGAGAAAUCUUGAGAACCCUGGGAGCCAGGCACCGUUACCCUGCGCCUUCGUCUUCUUCCUUGUUGCCUCCGUCUCUCAGUUCUUUCUGUUCUCUUCAGUAGGGACAGUGAGCCUGCUGCAGUCACAUUUCGUGUGAUCUGGACAGUGCUGUGAAGGAGACGCGUGCGGCACCCAGAGCCCUGAGAUGGCACCAAAAGCUAAGAAAGCCUUGAAAGGCUCGAUUGAUGACGUUCUUGGUGAACUCUUGGGUGAUGACAUGAUACUCCCUGAGAAGCCUGUUGAACCAGUUCCUUAUAACAGAGAUGCCACAGAUGUACCUCCAAAGCUCACUUCUUCAAAGGCUAGAGGAAGCUCCUUCCGGGAAGAUGACGGCUUUGACACUCUGGGAGGCUUGGCAGGAGCUGAUGCUGAGGUAUCUGACAUCUCAGAUCCAGACGCACAGGCCUUGCUACAGGCCAUAAAGGAUCUAGAUGACAUGGAUGCCGAUCUCCUGGGCCUGAAGAAGUCUCCAUCCUCUAACAAAAGAGCAGGAAAGGGUUCUGGGAAACAAGAGCUGCCUUGUAAUCCCAAACCUGCUGGCAGGUUAACAGCCAGUGAAGAAGGGGAUACCAGUCCCACCAGAAAGCCAUCUCCCUCACCCAGCAAUUUGGGGCAUCAGUACAGAAGGUUAUCUUUUGAAGACUUGGAAGAUCCAUUAGCAAGACUUCUCUCUGAUGAUGAGGAAGGAAUUGCCAAGAAGCUACCUGUGACAGAGAGUAAAACCACUUCACAUAAGAACCUCAGCACAGGCAGAGAGCCAGGUCCUUCUAUUCCUCUAACUCCUGGGGACACCCCCGUCCGAAAGAAAGACGAGUUGCUGUUUGAUGAUAAGGAUGACAUCAUGGCCACCCUGGGGUUUGGAGACAGCCCCACUGCUGAGAAGAGGCAAAUGGGAGGCCAGGAAGGUCCCCAGCCUGCUCGCUCCAAGCUGGAUGAACUUCUGGGUCGAGGCACAGCCACCAAACUUCUAGCUCGCCCAGGAACUGGGGAACAGAGGGAGUUCAAGCUAGACAAGAAGUGCCAGAGGUCACAGGACAAAGAAGACACCUACGAUGACGAAGUCCUCACCUUUGGGGCCUACCAGCCUACCUGGGGCUCCUCGGAGGGCCGGCAGUCCCACCCACAGUCUGUUAGGUUGUUAACAGAAAGUGGCCCAGACCCUAAGGGAGAACUGAGCUCCAAAUGGAGCCCUCCAGCAGCUUCCAGCCCCGUCCCCCCCAGAAAGGGAGGAGCUGACUGGUUGGGCCUCAAGGAUGAAGACUUGAACCUGCUCCCUGCCUCUCCCACCCGAGAGCCCGGAGGAGGCGACGCAGUAAUGUCUACACCCUCCAUUGCCCCUCCUAUGAGCCAGCACUCAGCCUCGGGCCUGCAUUCUGUCCCUCCUGUACCCUCCUCAGGAACAGAGUUACCAACUGAGGGUGCCAUGUCCCCUGUCCAAUCCAGCCACGCUCCCAAGCUAGGAGCAUCCCAAGAGAAAGAAGAGGCAGAGGACUGGCUAGGCCGCCUCUUAGCUCAGAAGAAGUCCCAACGUCUGGCCAGAGAGGAGCAUACUGGGGCUUAUAAGACCCUGAAUCCACCAUGCACAGCAAGGUCUGCCCCUUCUGGCAGCCAACCAGUUGCCUGCAUUCAGGAAGGUGAUGAGGCAGCUGCUGGAAGAACCUUGGGAGGAGCAGCAUCACCAGAAGCACCAGCCAUCAGGCCUGAUGCUGGAGGGUCCCCCACAAGUUGCAGCCAGGCCGCCUUGGCCCUCUCUGCAGGUGACCUAAAGAGGAAAACAGCCUCUGGAGACCCUUCCUGUACUGACGUUUCAGAACCUGCAGCUUGCUUCCUGAGCUCCCAGAAACCCACGGUGCUCCCUGUGCCUGUCCAGUCCCUGGUACAAAAUCUGCCGCCAGGCACAGGAUACCAGAAGGCAAUCCUGGCAGCCCAGGCCCAGCUUCAGAGCGACACUGGUCCACUCCAGGCGGAGCUGCUGCAGUGCCCGGCCCAGCUGGCAGAGCUGGAGGCCCAGGUGCGGAAGCUGGAGCUAGAGCAGGCUCAGCACAGGGUGUUGCUGGAGAGUUGGCAGCAGCGGCACCAGGCAGACCUAGAGCUCAUUGAGAGUGCACUCAGGUCCCAGAUGGAACAGUUGUCCAGCAGCCUGAAGGAGCUGGCCUCCCACGUGGAAGCCUUGCACCUCACCACCUCACAGGAGCGGAAAUCGGGCAUCCGGCAGCAAGAUGAGCAGCUGCGAGUCCUGCAGGAACGGCUGGACCUGCAGCAGCGUGCCAUGGAGGAGCACAGGCGGCUCCAGGAGGACAUUGGGAAGAUGGAAGAACGCCUGAGCCGCCUGGAGCAGAUGCAGAUGCAGGUGAACACCAAGUUGGACGCUAUCAUCAGCCUGGCCAAGGAGCCAGCAGAGCGGCAGGUCAGGACCAGUGAGCUGCAGGCUAAGGAGGAGCAGCUGGCGAGGGACAGGGAGGCUGUGGCCCAGGAGCAGCAGGAGCUCAGGCGGCAACAGCAGGAGGUCAGGGCCACAGCCUGGAGCCAGCAGCUCCGAGCCCAGGAGAUGGAGCACAUGAGCAAGGCGGCCUCUAAGAAGUAUGAGGAAGGCGAGCUUGCACUGCAAAAGGCCCAGAAGAUGAAGGCUGAGCAGCUGGCCAGGCUGCAGGUGCUGCAGCGGCAGCACGAGCAGCUUCGGCAGCAGGAAGAGCAUGUGCUCCAGGAGCAGCUGAGCCUGGCCAAGCAGAGGAUGCACCUUGGCCGCCUGGGACAGGACCUGCCUUGCUGCCCCCUGGAGCUUCCUCCCAGGGCCCAGAACCCAGUGCCCUCCAGCCCGUGUGCUGCCUGUGCCUUAGUGGCUGCUGCGCCUACCUCCCGUCAGCUGCCCAGCCGUGGCCCCUCGCAGCACCUUCAGCCCCUUCUGGUAUGGAUGAGAUAUGAAUAUGAGCAGAACCGUGCCUUCCUGGAGGAUGAACGGCUCUACCUGGAAUCACUGGAGAACUCACCCUACCAUCGGACCUCCCACUCCGACUAAGAGGGGCAGCUGUGCCCUCGCUGCAGCACCAAGACCCAGCAGCUGCCGCCCCCAAGCCACUAGCUCCUCGGGGAGGUGUGCAGCAAGGCUGGGCACUGCCCAGGCCACGUACAGCUCUUCAUGAGACAGGGUGCGAGCAUGUCCUAUCCAGGGGCUGUGGCUCAUGCCUCAGGUCUGAGGUGGAGCAGGAGGCCGAGGGAGUCGUGACCACCAAGGCUGACUCAGAUGCCCAGCUGCCUGGGGGUCCAAGGAGGCAGGGCUUCCCUCAGCCCAAGCACUGUGCACCAUCCCCCGGUCUGCACGCAGCUGCGGUGGGUCUCUGUGCCUAGGCCUCUUCCAACAGGGAGCCUUUUGUCUAGGGAUGCCUUGAGCAGACUUUCAUCUUUCCCCAGUGGGAACACGGAGGGCCUCCUGGUCUCCUGGGAGGCCUGGAGGGGACAGGGAAGGGCUGUACCCAGGCAGAUUCCUCCUCACAGGGUGCUGGACUCCUAGGUUUCAGUACUCCCCAAGCUCUCUCCUGAGCGCUUAUUCCACUGAGCCAUCUCCCCAGCCCCAGGAACCUUUAUUUGCCAACAACUUGCAGCUUUGGGUCAGACACAUUAAACUGUCUUCUUUUUGCACUA